AUGCGUGCUACCGUUACGAUGAAGCUUUUGAAUCUUGUAUGCGUGGCCCUCCUUCUUGCUGGCUCAGGUCAUACGGCACCCGUGGCUGCCCCUAACGAGGGUCAUCGGGAGGCUCGUAGUGCUGACGCGCUGGGCGCUGGUCGCCUGGCCGGCAGCGCGGCAGCUGCACCGACACAUGACACCCGUGCCGUGUUCCUUCACGAGCGUGACACGAUUCACCAUGCUCACCACGGUGGCAUGCGUCGUGCGCACCGUCGUGCGGAGCCCACAUGGGAGCCAUACUCGGGUACGAUCCUUUUGCCACAUUCGGAGGAGGAGACCGAAACGGUGACGACGACCAAGAAAGGCAAGAAGGUGACGACGACCAAGAUGCGGACAACGACGGAUGUUGUGACAAAGACCAAGUCUGUGUCGCCAUCGCAGUGGACGUCGACGGCUGUGAUUGCUGCGCAGUUCACGCUGCACGGUCAGGAUGGUCAGUCGAUCGAUGUUGUACCUGAUAGCGACCGCAACAAGGGUGUCGUGUCGAUUGUUACAAAGACGUCACCGAGCGAAAAGUCCUCGACUACCUCAACGACGUCGUCAUCGCAUCACCACAAGCAUUCGACCAAGUCGGAUAAGACUACCACGACGAGCACCACCAAGUCGUCGCAUUCGAGCAAGUCUAGUCCAAAGUCAAACUCGGGAUCGAGCUCUCAUUCGAACUCCCACUCUGGAUCCAAGUCGGGCUCUGACUCGAGCUCGAACUCCAGCUCGAAUGCCCAUUCGGGAUCGGGGUCGGAUUCCAGCUCUAGUUCCAAGUCGAACUCUAACUCGAACUCGAGCGCCAACUCUGGUUCCAACUCUAAUUCGAACUCGAACUCGAGCGCCAACUCUGGUUCCAACUCGAACUCGGACUCGAACUCGAGCGCCAACUCUGGUUCCAACUCGAACUCGGACUCGAACUCGAGCGCCAACUCUGGUUCCAACUCGAACUCGGACUCGAGCGCCAACUCUGGUUCCAACUCUAAUUCGAACUCGAACUCGAACUCGAACGCCAGCUCAGGAUCAGACUCUGGCUCCAAUUCUAAGUCGGGUUCUAGCUCAAACGCUCAUUCGGGCUCGGGGUCAGAUUCUAACUCGAGCUCCAACUCGAACUCUAGCUCCAAGUCGGGCUCCGGCUCAGGCUCUAGCGCGAGUUCGAACUCUAGUUCAGGUUCCACCUCGGAUAAUGAUGACGAGAAUGACAAUGAUGUCUUGUGUGACGAUGAUGAUGACAGCAGUAAGUUGCCACCGCUCCUUCAGCCAUUCCCAUCCGCUAGUAAGGCCUCUAAAUCUUCGUCUGAUUCGUCAUCUGGUCGAAAUGCUGGUGUAAAGACUUCCAGCACCGAGAAGCACCAUCACACUAACUCGCAGAAGCAACCCAGCGCUCAUUCUCACAAGCAUCACACCAAGUCGAACUCGCACCACUCGAGCAAGCACGCGUCCAAGGCAAGUCACUCGUCCAAGAAGGAUGACGAUGAUGAGGACUGUGAUGAAAAAGAGUGA